AUGAGCUUACAGGAGUUUGCAUCGAACCAAUCCUUGGUGAAGGAUUUUUACCAGGGUAAAACUGUGUUUUUAACCGGCGGCAGUGGAUUCUUGGGAAAGCUAUUCAUCGAAAAGCUAAUCAAGUGUGAUGUGAAGGAAGUCUUGCUACUCUUGCGCUCAAAGAAAGGUGUCAACCCACAGGAUCGUCUCAAGGCUUUGCUGAAAAAGGAGGCGGUGUUUGUGAAUUUCCCGCAGCAACCAAACCUCUAUCUAGACAAGCUGAAAGUGAUCGAGGGUGACGUCAGCAAGCCAGGGCUCGCUAUUGGUAACGAUGACUUGGAUUAUGUCGUCAAAAAUGCACACAUAAUUAUUCACUCAGCGGCGGACGUGAGAUUCGAUGAAUCGCUAAAGGAAGCGGUGGAAACGAACGUUCGUGGAACGGAACACUUGCUGAAGAUCGCUGAAAACUGUGAAAAUCUAAAGAUUUUCGUGCACGUUUCAAGCGCAUUCUCGCAGUGCAUCCAUUCGAACGUGAAGGAGGAGUUUUAUACACCACAUGUAGAUCCGUUGACAUUGAUCAAGCUGGUUGAGAAUGAGCCAAGGUUGGCGGAGUUCGAGGCUAUAUCGAAGAAAAUAGUCGAACCAUGGCCGAACACGUACGCCUUCACAAAAGCUCUUGCUGAAGAAGUGGUCCGCCAAUAUCGAUCGAAGGUACCGAUCGCGAUCGUGCGUCCCUCUAUCGUAACGACAACCUACAAGGACCCAAUCGAAGGAUGGACAGACAACUUUUACGGCUUUAAUGGCGUGGUGAGUGGCGCCGGUACUGGGGUACUGCGGAUCUUCCACAUCCACGACGAGUACAAGGCGAACAUCAUCCCGGCGGAUAUCGUGAUCAACGGGACGCUUGUUGCAGCCUACCAUGCGGCAAACCACCCGGAAGAGGACAACGUGUUCAACUGCACGAUGGAUGAAAACUACACGACGUGGGGUAACAUCCGAAACGUGUGCCUUUCGCAGCGAGGCGUCGUAGCGGUGAAGAAGUCACUAUGGAUCCCGACCUACAACACGACCCGCUACCAGUUCGUGGCGAGCUUCCUGCAGAUCUUCUACCAUCUCAUUCCGGCCGUGUUCUUCGAUCUGAUGAUGCGUGCCCGUGGGGAAAAGCCACAGAUCCUGCGGCUCUACCGUAAGGUGCAUCGGUUUUCAGACGUGCUGCGGUUCUUCACCAACAACCAGUUCAAGUUCGCGACAGCACGCAUGCGCAGUGUUGUGGAUGACAUGACGAUCGUCGAUCGGUAUCUCUUCCCAUGUGACAUGCGAUCGGUCGUGUGGAGCAAGUUCUUGGUCAACCAUAUCCUUGGCUGCCGAGUGUAUCUGCUAGAGGAACCUUGGGAUACGAAUGAGGAAGCGCUCAGGAUCCACUGGAGACGUCAGGUGAUCCACUGGUGUAUGCUCGGAGUUAUCUAUUCAGCUUACGCCAUGGUGGCACUCCGUCUUCUGGAAGCCGCUGGUGUACCGGAUCUGCGGACGUUCCUGGGUUGCGUGGAAUUUGCGUAA